AUGGUACUGGCCUGGAGCCUGGUGCUGCAGCUGCUGCAGCUGCACGCAGACGCGCCGCACGAGCUCUGGGACUACAAGAACACUUCCAUCUGGAAGAGCUACUUCCCGCUGUGCGAUGGGCCGUUACAAUCACCUAUAAACAUCAUUCCAGGCUCGGGGAAGCCCCGGGUGGAGAAACUCCAGGUAGACUGGGCGCCUGGCAUCGGCAACUCGGAGAUCGAGGGCAUCAACAACGGGCGCACCAUCAAGAUCUUCAUCCGGCCGGAGAACGUCAGCCGUCCUCUGAUGACGCUGCGCUCCCACAGCCGACCCCUGUUCGGAGUCUACCACUUCGCCGAGCUGGACCUGCACUGGGGCGAGGGCCAGGGUGACGAGGGCUCCGAGCACAGCUUCAACGGCAAGUUCUACGACGCCGAGGCGCAGCUGGUCUUCUACAACGCAAAGUACGGUACGUAUAACGAGGCCAAGAAGUACCCGGGCGGUCUGGCGAUCGUGGCCGUGCCUCUGACGGGCAACAACAACCCACGUGGCCUGCCCUUCUUCCCGCUGUUCAGCAUCGACCUGAUCCUCGAGGACCUGGCCAUGCCGGGCGCCACCAUCAACCUCAACGCCGACAUCACGCCCUGGAAGGCCAUGAUGAAGACGGCGCUGAGCAAGUUCUACAUGUACUACGGCAGCAUGACCAAGCCGCCGUGCAACCCGGUGGUGCUGUGGAUCGUCUCGGCCACCGAGUUUGAGAUGGAGUGGGAGUUCCUGCUGCAGCUCUACGCCGAGAUCUUCUCCAACGAGGCGCUCACCGAUAAGAUGAUCCGCAACAAGCGGCCCAUCCAGCCGAGCGCCGGCCGCCAGGUCACCACUUACAUCAGCGGAGUGUAG